AUGAGUGACGCUAUUACUAUCAGAACUAGAAAAGUUAUUUCAAACCCUUUAUUAGCUAGAUUACAAUUUGUUGUUGAUGUUUUACAUCCAAACAGAGCUAAUGUUUCAAAAGAUGAAUUAAGAGAAAAAUUAGCUGCUACUUACAAAGCUGAUAAAGAUGCUGUUUCAGUUUUCGGUUUCAGAACUCAAUAUGGUGGUGGUAAAUCAACUGGUUUCGGUUUAGUUUACAACUCUGUUGCUGAUGCUAAAAAAUUUGAACCAACUUACAGAUUAGUUAGAUACGGUUUAGCUGAUAAAGUUGAAAAAGCUUCAAGACAACAAAGAAAACAACGUAAAAACAGAGACAAGAAAACUUUCGGUACUGGUAAACGUGCUGCUAAACAUGCUGCUAAACGUAACGCUGAUUAG